CAUGGCGGACGCAGCUCCAGCCGGAGGACGAGGUGGUUUCCGUGGUGGCUUUGGCCGAGGCGGCCGUGGUGGUCGGGGCCGCGGGCGCGGUCGUGGCCGCGGCCGGGGCCGCGGCAAGGAAGGCGAGAAGGAGUGGGUGCCUGUCACGAAACUUGGGCGCCUGGUGAAGGAUGGGAAGAUCAAGUCCCUCGAGGACAUCUAUCCCUUCUCGUACCCCAUCAAAGAGUACGAGAUCAUCGACCAUUUCCUGGGCAGCUCCCUUAAGGACGAAGUGCUCAAGAUCAUGCCGGUGCAGAAGCAGACGCGUGCCGGUCAGCGCACGCGCUUCAAGGCGUUCGUGGCCAUUGGCGACUUCAACGGCCAUGUGGGCCUGGGCGUCAAGUGCUCGAAAGAGGUGGCCACCGCCAUCCGCGGCGCCAUUAUCCUUGCCAAGCUGUCUGUCAUCCCAGUGCGCCGGGGAUACUGGGGAAACAAGAUCGGCAAGCCCCACACCGUGCCUUGCAAGGUGACUGGCAAGUGCGGCAGUGUUCUGGUGCGCCUCAUCCCGGCCCCCCGUGGAACUGGCAUUGUGUCUGCGCCUGUGCCCAAAAAGCUGCUGCACAUGGCUGGCAUUGAGGACUGCUACACCUCUGCACGGGGCUCCACCGCCACAUUGGGCAACUUUGCCAAGGCGACAUACCUGGCCAUACAGCAGACGUACAGCUACCUGACCCCUGACCUUUGGAAGGAGCGCGAGCUGCAGAAAUCGCCCUACCAGGAGUUCACAGACUACCUGAUGCAUGCUCACCGACCUGUGGGUACCGCCCGCACCGUUGAGCCGCCCCACUGAAGCGGCCAGUGGACACUGCCCACGUCCUCUUUAGGAUAAAAUAAAAAGCUUUUGACAAGCAACAA